CCACUAUAAAGGACCAUCGUCGAAGCCCCCCCCCUUAGGACACAGAUCUUUGACCUCUCCUUCUUUCUCAAGCCAGCUUGUUCCUGACGAUCGGCACCAGUUCUGAUUUCCAUUUCCACCUCCCCCCCCCCGCGUCAACAAGAACUCUUCCACAAUGAAGGCGCCGGUCACCAUCCUGGCCCUCCUUUUCUCGGCGGUCAAGAUCUCCGCCUUGGCCGUAGCAGAGCCUGCCGCAGUGGCAGACUCCGCUGCCGUCGCAGAUAAUAACGACGGACUUGCCGUCGUCGCUAGGGACGUCGCAGACGGGCAUCACGGACACGGACAUCACGGACAUGGGCAUCACGGGCAUCACGGGCAUCACGGGCACCACAGCAGCAGUCACCACGACUGCCACUCACAGCACUGCCUCGGUCACCACCAACGCGAGGGCUGCCAGCACUGCGGAGGUCAUAAAGGCCACGGCCAUCAAGACCACGGCCAUCACUGCCACCACCACCACCAUGUUAAUCACCACCACAGUCACCAUGGUCACCAUGGUCAUGGUGGCCAUCUCCACGAGAAGCGGCACGAAGGUGAUAAGGGUAAGAUCUGGGGUAAUGUCGACCAACGUUCCGGCGGUCACGCGCACGACUGCCAGUCGGGCUUCUGCCAUAACAACCACAACCACCACGCCUGCAGCCACUGCAACGCCUUCGGCAGCAGUCAACAACACCACGGCCAUGAUCACCACGCUCAUGGUCACCACCACGCUCAUGGUCACGGCCAUCAUGAUGGUCACCACGGCCAUCAUAAGCAUGAACUCGGUCAUAAAGGCGGUCACGGCGGCGUUCACGGUGGCGGUCACGGUGGCGGUCACGGUGGCGGUCACGGCGGUGGCCAUAAAGACGGCCAUAAAGUCGGCCACGGACACGGACACGGCCAUGGCCUUGGCCAUUUGAACAUCAAGCUCGAAUCGUGCGAUUCGGACUUGUGCCGCACCAACCAGCACCACCACGCGUGCCGGCACUGCCUUCACAACCAGCAUCAUUCUCAAGGCCACAAGCAUCACCAUCAUCGCCACGAUUGCAAUUCGCAGCACUGCCGCGGCCACUUCAACCGCAGCGGCUGCCAGCAUUGCCAUAAGGAGAACAAGCAACACCACGAGUUCCGCGAGUACUACCGCCGCAAGCACUUCCGCAAGAACGAGUGCGAGUCGGAGCGGUGCCGUAAGGACUUCCGCCAGGAGGGCUGCCGUCAUUGCAUUGAAGCGCCCAAGUGCACCAAGGGCGGCUGCGCUAUCGUUGUUACCACGGGCCCCGCCCCCGUGACUAAGGAGGUCCCCUCCAAGGCCAUUGAGGUUCCUGUCCCCGACUGCCCGGCCUGUCCUCCUCAGCAGAAAUGGGUCCCGGCCGUUCCCGUUCCUCAGCUCCCUCAGCCUGCUCCCGAGCCCGCUCCUCAGUUCAUUCAGCCCGCUCCCCAGCCCGCUCCCCUGCCCGCUCCCCUGCCCGCUCCCCAGCCCGCCCCUCAGUUCAUUCAGCCCGCUCCUCAGCCCGCUCCUCAGCCCGCUCCUCAGCCCGCUCCUCAGCCCGCUCCCCAGCCCGCUCCCCAGCCCGCUCCCCAGCCCGCUCCCGAGCCCGCUCCCGAGCCCGCUCCUCAGCCCGCUCCCCAGCCCGCUCCCCAGCCCGCUCCCCAGCCCGCUCCCGAGCCCGCUCCCGAGCCCGCUCCUCAGCCCGCUCCUGAGGUCCCCGCCCCCGCUCCUGAGCAGCCCGCUCCUCAGCUCCCUGUUCAGCCCGAGCCCGAGCGCCCGCUGCCCGUGAUCGUCAGCGGAGCUACUCGCCUCCAAGCCUUCUCGGGUCUCGCGGUGGCUGGCCUUGCUGCCAUCGCCCUCUUCUAAGGGACGUGACUGUCCCUUGAUCCGGCAUGUCAUGGGAUGAAAGGGAUAAAGUGCAACGAUUCCUGGAUUGGGGCGGUUUAAAAAAUUAAGAGGGUUGGCCCUAUGAGGUCUCCUGCGGGAUACUGCGUGUUGCUCGAUUGUCCCUUUGCUUCCCGCGCCGACCUAGUGAUUUCCCUGGUUUCCCUGAUUCCCCU